AGCAGUAACAGCAGCAGCAGUAGUAGUAUCAGCGGGGGCCUUCUUAAUGCGGUUUUUAUGACGCCGACUUUGAGUAUCAGCAAUACCAGAAGCAUCGACGAGUAGCCGUGUAAUAAAGAGUAAAUAUCCGAGGCCGCGAAUUUUCUCAAGACACCGGCAUUGAUGGUAAUGCAUGCGAGGAAACCACAAAGGAUCAACGAUGGGUACUUUGAAAAACAUCAGGCCCAUCCAUAUCAGAAUGCCAAGUACAGCAGUUCCAAGGGUGGCUACUCGUCAUCUACCACAUCGGAUGGCAGAUACGAAGGGCGAAUGCGGGAUUCGCCGAAUGGCAAUUCAUACAGCCCAGCAGGGGGCUUGGGAAUGGGCAUGGGAACAGACAGAGACAGCCCUCGUAGUUACUCCACCAAGCCUCUAUAUAAGAAGGAGAGAGAAAAUAGAGACUACAAAUUGUCCUCCUCUAGGGAUAAGUAUUCCGAUUGUGCACGAUCUCCUAAAGAUAAGAGAAGUCGAGAGUCAAGAGACUCUGAGCACAGGACCAAUCAUGAUAGGAGCAGCGGAGAAAUUCUACAUCCAAUAAAAUUAUCUUCAAAUUCAUCAAGAGAUUCUUCUUCUCAACGAAAACCAACACAUAAUUCAUGUCAGGAUAAGCGUGGUGAUGAGCGAGGUGUUAUGGAACGGACGGCGAGGUUCGGGGACUGGUCAGAACAUAUGAGUUCCUCCGGUAAAAAGUAUUACUACAAUUGCAAAACUGAAGUAUCCCAAUGGGAAAAGCCACGGGAAUGGAUUGUUCGGACAGAUAAUCGUCAGCGCCAAUCCAAUGACUAUUCAUCUUCUCGAUCAAGUCACGACAAACAUUCCAACUCGCGGUCGAACAGCGGCAGCGGCAGUGCUCGCGACGGCAAUAGCAGCAAGUCCUCACGACAGUCGGACAAGCGCGGUGGUGGAGGCGGCAGUGACUACUGGAACCAAGGGGUUGGCGGCAACAGCGGCAGCAGCCGGGACGACGUCCCCUCUUCGCGAGAUAGGGAUCGUGGUGACAAGGACGGUGGUGGCAGCGGUGGCGGUGGUGGGGGCGGCGGUGGCGGUGGCGGUGGAAGUGGCAGCAGGGAACAGCGGGAGCGCGAGCGCGAUAGGGAUAGGGAUUCGUGCAGAGAGGAGACCUCGUCGUCGGCGGCGAUAGCCGCGGCAACGGCGGCGGCUGCGGCGGUGGCUGCGGCGGCCGCGGCUGCUGCUCAGAAUCUGAGCCAGGCGCAACAGGUUUCGGGGCAAGAGCGACAGGCCCAGGACAUGGACAUCUCGCCGGGCGACUCGACGCCCACGUCCGAGCCCAUCGGCACGUCUAGCGUUCACGAUCCCCUGCCCCAGGGGCCCGUCCUCUUGGCUACCGCGUUACCUCGUUUGGCGUCACAUCCAAUGACGUCGCAAGCGCCGGGGAAGCUUGGCUCGCCGACGCAACAGCACGGAGCCGGCAACACACCCGGGCCGCCGGUCUCGCUCUCGAGCCUUCCGCGCCUCCUCUCGCAAAUCACAGGCAGCAAGGAGCAGCCCGAUGCCCAGAAAGCCCUUCAGACCAUUCAGACAGCCAUUCUUCUGUCGCGACAAUCAGGAGGUGGAGAGAGGACCAGCUGCUCGAGCGACCUCAUGGCUCCAUUGAAAGUUGACACGAGCAACAGCGUAGCAGGCGAAGGGCCUCCAACGCCGACGCACUCCGAGACUCAGGACUGUAUAGACGCUCGAAAGUUGAGCAGCCCAGGGAGCGCGAGCAGUGGCGUGCAAGGUAUAAGUUCCCUACAGAGUAUAAGUACUCUGGGCACUUUGGGGAGCUUGGGCAACGGCGGUGGUCUCCAGGCCCUGUCCCGGGUGCAGCCGCCGCUCACGCCCUCUCUCACGCCAUCGCUCGCCAAUCACUACCGCGAGGAUCUCACGCAGCACGUACGCGCCUUCCCCGCGGACAUACUAGAGAAACAGGCCCAAAAAUUGAGCGAGGAAGCACACACUAUGGGUAGUCUACAAUGUACGCGAGUAUCCGCGGAAUUGAAAACUGCUCGGUCGAUAGUGAGGCUGACGGAAAUUCAAGCGACACUACAGGAACAAAGGAUAUUGUUUCUUCGUCAACAAAUUCAGACGCUAGAGGAGCUGAAAUCCCAAAAUUCCUUUAUGUCUGACGAUUCUUAGUGUAAGAGACUUUAUAAAAAUAAUGAUAAUUAUAUAAUUACGAGCUAUAAUUAAUUCAUGCAAACAGAAAAAAAA